AUGGUGCUAGAGGAUGGAUUCGAAAAUGAGAGCCUCGUGGACGGCAAUGCAGGGCAUAUGGAGGUGGAGCCUUCGUCGUACUGGCGCCGAUUUCGACCCGGCUGGCGCACCGGCAUCCUGCUCUUCAGUGCACUGAUGGUCUGCGUGGCUUUUACCCCCCGCUGUCUGAAGUCCAUGCACUUCCUGGAAGGGCUUCUUCCAGAUGGAUUUCGAUCUCUUGAGGUGGAAUUUGGGCAUUCCAAGGAGCUGCCGCUGGUUGAGCUUGGUCAUAUCAGCAAGGCCGCAGGCAAGGUGCUGUGUGUGGUGGAUGUCGCACAGAGUGUUGGGCGCGUCCUGCUGCUUGGCAAUUCCAUCGCCGCAAUCACGAUCAACUGCGAUUUUGGGCGCAUCAAAAGAGUAAAUAAGCGCCCAGUGACUCAGGAUGAGCGACAGAUAUGUGCGAUCACUAUCAUUGGCGCAAUGGUGAACACCGCACUUGGUCUCGGUGCUGCCUCGUCCUCCGUGUCGACAUGUUCUGGGUCAUUGAAUGUUCCGGCGAAUUGUGCUGCGAACAUCAAUGGCUUCAUAGGCAACGUGCUCGUGUUGGCUGGGACGGCCAUGUCUGCAGAUCUCAGCUGCCCACGGAAUCCGGAAGACACAGUGAAUCGGGAGAAAGCCAGAAUCGAGCAAGCGAAAGAGGCCGCGCAGGAAGCCGCUCGAAAAUGGUUGAGGAAUGCCGGACAGGACGUCUCGCAUCUGCCAGCACCUCCAGCUGCGAUUCCAGCUGACACAGUAUAUCGCCAGAUCGAUCGCUGUGUUGGCCAUCUAGACCUGGCGACCACGUUUGUAAUGAAAGCUGGUGUCAUUAUUGCAGAUAGCACCAUGCACUGUGCCGCUGACUACAUCGAGGAUUCCGACGACGAGCGUGUCUGUGCGAUAGACAUCAUCGGCCUCACUGGUGUGCUCAGUUUGGCUACACGCUUCUACUCCCUGGCGGCGAACAGCUGCAUUGCAAUCGUUGGCCGCCUUGGAAGUUUCGAUGCAAGUUGUUCGGCGGACUGUGCGGGGAUCAUAGCAGGCGUCACCGCGUCGACCGCACCCGCCAUGAACCUGCAGGCUGCAUGCCACAAAGCGUUUGAGAUGUGGAACCCCGAUGAGUGGCCAAAGAACGAGUUCGUCCGGCAGAGUGGCUCCAAGCAGGGCUAUACCAAGACGGCUAUAUCACGAAUGCGUGCUGCUUACGGCGACAUCAUCGUGCCGAGUCCGUGA